CGGCGCCACACUGCGCCUUCACCUUCCUCUCGCGCGCAUCGCCCCUCUUCCGGUUCCGGCCCCGCUCGGCAGCCGGAGCAGCAUGUUCCGCAUCGAGGGGCUGGGGCCCAAGAUGGACCCAGAGGAGCUGAGGCGAAAGAUGCGUCGCGACGUCCUUACGUCUGUCCGCAACAACUGGACACAGUACUCCAGAUGA